ACCAAAAGCAUCAACUGCCUGCUUACGGAGGGAACAUAAUCCUGCGUUUCUGGGACACAUUUAUAGUCACCAACCGGGAUAUUUGUGUGACUUAUUUUGCUGACUGAUUACUUGUCUCUGUUGCCUUGCGAGGAGCCAUCCCGGUCGGAUAAAGAACUGGAGGGAAAUUAUUUUAAGUUGACGCACAAUGACUGAAACCUGCUCCGCAGAGAGAUACUUUCGGAAAGUGUCAUGGAGCGUGAACACGGGCCGGUGAGACUUUUGGAAACAAGAUCGGGGCACAAAGCGAUUCUCUUUUACGCACGGCAGACUGAUACGUACAGCGCAAGAGACUGAAUAAGUAGCUGCAGUAGUGAAGCCACAAACUGAGCGCUCGAAAGCAUGGACCCGACGGCACACUUCCAGCGAGGAAACGUUUUCGGAUCAUCGUGGGAUUUAUCUUUUAUAUUUUAAAUCUGCAAUUGUUAAAGUGAGGAAGCGAUGGUCCUGCAACGGAUAGCCGAGUAAGUUUCUCCGCGUUGAUCCUUCCUACCAGCGCCAGCCUGGAUUCAUUACUGACUUUUUAAUGAAAGAAACUUGUGUGUCUGAGGUUUCGGUGAACACUUAGCUGCGUUUUUUUUUCUUUUCUAUAUUAUAAAAAAAGGAGAAUGUGUUUAACAAAUAAAGUGAGCAUUAUGUAUGCGCUACUCCUUCUGCUGCCCAUGAGCGAUAGGGGAGCAGCCAUAAGCUCAAUAGACCCUGACUGGUCAGGAGAGGGGAGAUGUCAGCACAUCGCCAUCCCUCAGUGUAAAGACAUCGGCUACAACAUGACUCGCAUGCCAAAUCUGAUGGGCCACGAUGACCAAAAAGAGGCAGCCAUGAAGCUGCAGGAGUUUGCCACGCUGAUACAGUUUGGAUGUCACAGUCACCUCAGAUUUUUCCUGUGUUCACUGUAUGCUCCCAUGUGCACAGAGCAAGUGUCAAAUCCCAUUCCCGCGUGCAGAGUUAUGUGUGAGCAGGUCAAACUAAAAUGUUUACCAAUCCUGGAACAGUUUAACUUCCCCUGGCCUGACUCUCUGGACUGUUCACGUCUGCCUACCAAAAAUGACCCAAACAACCUCUGCAUGGAGGCACCCAACAAUGGCUCGGAUGAACCUCCCAAAGUCUCCCACACCCAGCCUCCAGAUUUCAGGCUGCAGCGGCCAUUGAGUGGGCAGGACCUUCACCCUAAAGACAGUGGCAGCAAACAGACAUGCAGCAACCCAGGCAAGUUCCACUUUGUGGAGAAGAGUGAGUCCUGUGCCCCCAAAUGCUACCCAAAAGUGGAUGUAUACUGGAGUCAGGGAGACAAGCAGUUCUCUCUGGUGUGGAUAGCCAUCUGGUCCAUCCUAUGCUUUGUCUCCAGCGCCUUCACUGUGCUUACGUUCCUCAUUGACCCACAACGUUUCAAAUACCCCGAGAGACCAAUCAUCUUCCUCUCCAUGUCCUACUGUGUUUACUCUGUGGGCUACCUCAUUCGGCUCUUUGUGGGAGCUGACAGAAUAGCCUGUGACAGAGACAACGGGGUCCAAUAUAUUAUCCAGGAGGGUCUGGAGAGCACAGGCUGCACUAUUGUGUUCCUCAUUCUGUAUUAUUUUGGCAUGGCCAGCUCCCUCUGGUGGGUUAUCCUGACCCUCACAUGGUUCUUGGCUGCAGGGAAGAAAUGGGGUCACGAGGCCAUCGAAGCAAACAGCAGCUACUUCCAUCUGGCAGCAUGGGCCAUCCCCGCCAUAAAGACGAUCAUGAUACUGGUGAUGAGGAAGGUGGCCGGAGAUGAGCUGAUGGGCGUCUGUUAUGUGGGCAGCAUGGAUGUCAAAGCUCUCACAGGUUUUGUGCUCAUUCCUCUCUCCUGCUAUCUUAUUAUUGGCACUUCUUUCCUGCUGUCUGGCUUUGUGGCGCUCUUCCACAUCCGUAAGAUUAUGAAAACUGAGGGGGAGAACACAGACAAGCUCGAGAAGCUGAUGGUUCGCAUCGGUGUCUUCUCUGUUCUCUACACUGUCCCAGCCACAUGCGUCAUUGCCUGCUAUUUCUACGAGAGGCUCAACAUGGACUACUGGCGCAUCCUGGCAGGGGAACAAAAAUGUGUGGACAGCAGCGGGCCAGAGUCUGACGAGUGCGUCAUGAAGACUUCUAUCCCUGCUGUUGAGAUCUUCAUGGUGAAGAUCUUCAUGCUACUGGUGGUGGGCAUCACUAGCGGUAUGUGGAUCUGGACCUCAAAGACACUGCAGUCAUGGCAGAAUGUGUUCAGCAGGAAGAUAAAGAAGAGGACGAGGAGGAAGGCUGCCAGCGUGUUCACCAGCAGCAGGCCUUACAUCAAACCUCACCCAUCUCUCAAAGGGCACAGUGCUAAAUAUGAACCUACACGCCCCCCUCCAACAUGUGUAUGAACUGGCUGUCUUUGUACGAGCCCAAAAUUACUUUUAAAGCCCUAAACAAGACUUAUAAUGAUCAGUGCCGUCAAAAGAAACAAGCUUCAUGUUUUAUUUAUGCAAUAUGCAUUGAAGGUAAUACAACAUGGGUUUUUUUUUCCUUCAGGGGGGGGGGUUGUUUUUUUUGUUUUGUUUUUUUCUUGAGCCAUGUCGCACAACAAGAGCUGCCUUUGUUUGAGAAAAAUCUGCUACUCCUGGAUUCACUUAUCCUAUUGAGGAACUUGGUAGAAAAAAAAAAAGAAACUUAUUGUUCCAGAGACAAAAAGGGUGGAAUAAACCAUUUGGAUGUGCAGUGGGGUUACUUGAAUAAUGUGCAAUAGAUGUUUUCCUUACAGGCAAAACAACACUUGUGCUGUUGUUGACAGAUUCCAGACAAUGCACGAACCCAGCAGACAAUAAUGGCAAAUAGUCAGAGAGAUGAGUUGUGUGUUUGGAGGCUUUUUAAUGGAAAUCAAGGGAGUGUCAUAUAUGUUUGAACUGGACUGAGAGCAGCUGCUGAAAGGCGCUCAAGACCUUCCGAACUGCCCAUUGUAAGGCAAAUCCAUGCCAUAAAUUAAUCAAGCACUCAGUACUGAAAAGUUAUUUGUACAUGCGGUUUUUUUUCUCUUUCUUUGCUGUUUUAUAGCACAAGGGAACAUUUGUAUAUAUUUAUAAAAAGUCAAGAUUUUAUA